CGAACGCGUGGGCUGCAGCGGCAGGGGAUGAAGUGUUCCGCAAAAAAUCUUCGGACUAAGUUGUGACUUUCUCCUUCGGUUAAAGUGGUACCUUUCUCCAAAUCAUCGGUCUUUCGGUUGAACUUUCAAGAUGUGAAGUCGUGAGUUUCGGUAGCAUCAGGAAAAUCCUCGGGAGUGAAAGCAGAAUACUCAGGAGCGGCAGCGGCGUCUUCGGUUGAAUUUUCGGAGGUUCAGGCGAAUAUUCGGAUCCUCUGUUCCGGACAAUGCGAAGAGUUGUGGUUUUGGGUUUAGCCGCAACUCUUCAGAUCAGGCAAAAAGUGAACUCAGAUCCCCGUUCAGAUCAAGCAUAACAUGAAAUCAUCAAUGAUCAUCAACUAAAAAAUAGCUCAAAAAAUCACCUGAAAGGCCUUGGAUAUUCGGACGAAAAAAAAGGUCGUUCAGAAUUCUCAAAAAGUCGCGCGAGAAGGUUGCACGAAUUACCAGGUCAGAUUUGCAUUGUGUCAAUUCAUAGAGGACGAGGGCAAGAAGAUACUUUUCAGCACAGGUGGGACAGGAACUCAGAGAUGAAUAUCAAACCUGCACAUCACCUGCGUCUGCCGUCUAAUAAGAGCAAGUUCGACGCCUGUGCCUUAACAGCCGGAACACCAGCUGGGCAGCUUAUGACGACCAAAGACGACGAUGGGCCUCUGGCUAGAGCAGCCGCGGCCGCGUCCUCGGAGCAUCGCUCAGGACGAGCAAGAUUGAUGAAAGAGGGUUUGGGUCAGAGUUGGUUUCCUGCGCAAAGCACACCGCAUUUGUUCGAAUCACAGUGUCGCAAGUCGCAACCGGAUGCGCUAGAUGUGCCGACAAGGGGGAGUGGGUUUUCUUACAUUAUGGACUACUUGAUUCUUUUGUUUUUUUGUUUCCUAGUUAGGUGUGCUCCACCGAUAUAUUACGGUCAUACUCCCCUUCAGCUUCAGGCUGACCUACUCCGACAGUCAACACAGGGCAAUAUUCUACUUUGAAGUAAAAAGGGUUCCAUCAGUAAUGUCUCUCCUUCAACAAUACCUAGUUUUUCAUAAAUAGUCCUAAGCUCUAUCAGUAGCCCCUACUUUUCAUCCUUAUAUUUUCCCAUCAAUCUCUAACUCCCAAAGUCCCAAGAGUUCUCUCCAGGGCGUUCCUCCCUCGGACCUCGUAGGAGCAUGCUUCCGAUCUACGGCAUUCGAAAGUGCUGGAAAAAAUAGUCAAUGCGUUUUCGAUGAAGUCUCAGACCCUUGGUUGCAGUGGCAGAUUGGACCGAAUUUAUGCAGCUGAGUCGUGUAAGUAUCUUCACCUUCAGUAACCAUAUUAAUGUACUAAAGCCACCUGCUUCUGCUCGUGUUUCGUGCUCACGAAAUUUAUACAUCCCUAAGUUGUAGUAAUUCCUUAAAAGUCUCUCCCUCCCCACCAAGAAAUCUUCCAUGAAACCCUAAGCACCCUAAGCCCCAACUCUAACAGCCGGCGCCGUCGUAACUGCAGUGGACUUGUAUGCAAGUCAAGGGUGCUGGGUCAAAUCCUUCGAUACACGAAAGCAGAGUUGUGAACAGAAACGGGAGAAAUGGCAUAUCCCAAGAGACGCGAGGGCGACGGUUCUCGUAGGCGAAUCCUUUGACAGAGAUAUUUGUAGUAUUAAGGGAGUUGUCGUUGAUGAUCGUGAAGAUAUGAAUAUGAUCCAUUUAGAAAGUGACACCCAGUGAUAUGGCGAUACACGCCUCCUUCUUUUGUUCGUCUAGGUGUAGUCUUCACUCAUUUCAAGCACUAUUCUCUCGUCCGCUUCAAAGCCUAUUUAGGUACCUUUGACCACAUGCUGUUCUUCGUCGUCCAAGUCCUACUGCUCUAAACGGAGCAGUGACGGCGCAACCGGAUGCCCAGAGGAAGAAACGGACAAGACAGACUACCAAGAAUGCGAAGCAGUUACAAUAGGUGGAAGUGGCGCUCAUCGCCUGGAGCACGAAUCAGACUACGUGCACGAGCAUAAACUGGUUUUACGAAUCCAUCCUGCAUCCUUGUCGUCUAUUUGUCUCCUUCGACACGCAGUUUGUUCCUGUAGAUAUAAUUGUAGAGUGUGAGUACUUCUACUAGGUCUGGAGGCACUCGGAGGUUGACCACAUUAUAUGUUGACUUGCCUCGUCUAAUUCUCCCUCUAGCAAUGCCACCAGAGCGCGAAUACCAUAAGGAAUUCACAGGCACGGACGCUGAGGUAGAGCGUCUGGAACGAAGGCUGCCGGAAGGAUUCGCCUCUUCCAGUGAGCAUGGUCAAGACUUGCGCGUAGCCGGCGAAGGCGAAGAAGGUGGCAGCGCGCAUUACAACAAGGAGGCAUUGAAGCCGAGACGGUUGCGCGUGCAUUGUAUGGCCAUGCCGAACCAAUUACCAAAACACAACAUUUUUGGCAGCUUGAAAGCAGCGCAAGUUGUUGUGCAACAGAAAAAUUAUGGCUGCGGUUCCACCUAACAUGUUGAAUGUCUAUUGAACAAGAGUGUAGUACUUACUUUAGAAGGAACGUAUCUGGAUCCGGGAAGUUGACUUUUUAGGAAACUACUCCUUUCUCUUUGAAGAAAGAUAAUUUUUUUCUCAGGAUCAGUAUGUACUUCUAGCAGGUAAUCCUACAAGCAGCACGGAAUUUGCUCUCUUUUCUCCUCUUCUAACAAGAAGUCGCAGGCCUUCCUCAAAGUCUCCACUUUUCCUUUAUCCAGACACUUGGAUAUACGCAACGCCGACUGAUGCACGAACCUUUACUCGGUGCAGAGAAGUUGGAGGUAAAAAUCAAGACCGGACCGCGAUGUUUGAGCCGUCUGGACCUCUUCAACGUGGAAGGCGUGGGCUGGCUCAAGGAUGCAAUCGUCUUCAUCGAUGACCACUUCAUUGGGACUUUAAUUAUGACAGAUACAGACAUUGAAGACGAAGAGUGUAUGUUCCUAUCAAUCUAUUGCCGCUUCUUGUAGUAGAACAAGUAUGAAAAACCUCAUAGAACUAGUACAUGGAAACAAAAACCCUAAGAUUAAAAGCGGCCUUGAUCUUGAUUCUACCUCCACGCCUAUCGUCCCACCUAUGCCACCUCCUAGCAUCUUUGUCUCACUCUCUUCUAACCUGAAUCCGAAGGACGCGCCGAACACAUAUCAUAGCUCGAUCAUCGAGAAGGGGAAGGAUGGCACCUAUCCCAAGGUCCGAGUCAAAGGAGAUGUCGCGAAGUUCUACAGUGGCAGAUUUACCUUGCAGAUUCCACUUUCGCACGUGAGAGGUCAAACCGUAAAAAUCAAGCUAGCCAGAGCUGGACGUGGACGGAUCUCCUUGUGCGGACUGCAGAUCUACGAGAAUCUGAACGAUAUGCAGUGCAAACGCAGCGUAGUGCCGCCACAGGUCGACAGCUAUUUUUCUUUGAAGCGCGUGCCUCUCGGAGUGGACCCGAUGACUGGGUCGUCGAUGACAAUGAUCACCAGACUGAGCGAAUUGGGGAGGCAAGAAGAUGCAGUACCAGAAGAUGGAGAUCGUGCUCGUGGUGUUGAAGGUGAUGAGACAGUAGUAGAGGGAGAUAGCGAGGAUGCUGAACAAGAUCGUACUGAUGCAGUAGAGCAGGAUGCCAGUGACGGUGAAACAAUAGUUGGAAACAAUAGUGUUGUCCAAGAGCAGCAACGAGAACAAGUCGUAGAACUUCUAAGUGCUGAGGCAGAUGCAGAGCGUCAGGGAGGGGAAGAUUCCAACCUCGGAAGCACAUCAUCCUCGAUAGAUGUUGCCGAAACAAAAAAACAAGAGAGAACUUCUACAGUAGACGAGACGAGGUCGGCGUCGCCUCUCCUUGUUGAGACCGGGUCACUUUCAUCUUCAUCCAUCUCCUCUAGCCGCGCACCUUCUGGUUCCACCUUGGUGGAAACCAGAAGAAGUAAGGAUGUUGGUAACAAUGUAGGCAACACGAUCAGUACGUACUUGAGCUUCCUCCACUGGACAGAUGAAGAGACCGAUGCCUUCUUUGCUAGUACUGAUGUCAAAAACGCUAUCCGAGAGGCUGUGCUGGAGGAAUACGCGGAAAACUGCGAAGGGGUGGACCUCGUUUUCACAGACCCAGCGACAAACUCGACUACCACACAAACAUUUAAGGCUACACACCUAAUCCAUCUCCAGCAGAAGCAUCAAGAAUCUCGAAGCUAGUGCCAUAAGGGGAAAAUGGAUCCGAGAUGGAUUUCAGGAUGGAUUAGGGUGAGCUCUAAAACAAUGCCAGCAUUGCUAGCAGAGGAUAUCGAAAAAGUAGAAUUCUACGACGCCUCGGCUCAGGUAGCUCUGCUACAACAGAAAACAAGAACUUUUACUGUGUCGAGAAGAAAUAAAACCCUUGUUCAUGAUGAUCAGAAAACUUCUAGCCCUAUCGUCGAAAAGACAAAUGUACUAGAGGAAGGACAAGAACAUGGAAAACCACGUGAUUAUAUGGUGGAGGAGGAACAGAAGCCCAAUGGUCGUGCUGCAGUAGCAGAGUUAGCAAUCAAUAAUAGACAAUUUUCAGGGACAAAAGUUUCUCUCCUAGAAGAACAUCAGAGCCAAGAAGAACUACAGCUGACCAGCACGACGCGUAGCAGCGAUGGCGAAGUGCCUCCAGUUGUUGUCGCACAUGUGGAGGUUAAGCUGAAGCCCGAUACCGUUCUUAAGGCUCACCGUAAUUCAUCUUGAGAAGCAAAAGCAUGAUCAUCUUUGGCCCUCUCUGUCUCUAAAGGGAAACAAAACACUAACACGUUAUAUAUUUACUUAGAUGCUACAAAUGGUCAUGCGUCAUGGUGCACUUCAAGAUGAAUAUCGGAGGUGAGGUCUAACGUUCCAAGAGCACUCUGUGGUGGAUUGCAACCUCCCAUGGAUUUUGACUAUUCGAAAAUUUCAAGAGAUAGAACAUCGCUCGGAGACAGUGUUAAGAGAACAUACUAUUUCUAGUAUUUUUGCUAAGUGUAAUGAGUCUGUGAAGUGUGAACAGCAACAGGAGUUCGAGUUUGAUUUUCUUGAUCAGACACAAGAAUCAUUAUCUUACAGUAGUUUUAAUCGAGUCAAAGACAAAACCAGAAAAAAGAUGAUACGCUUCACGCAAUCGUGAUUCACCUUCCAGCAGUCUUCUAACAUCAGUGCAGGCCCUUUUGCCGAUACAGUAGCUGAGAAAGUGAAAUUGGCGUUGACUGGUGGGCAGAAUGGGACGAACGUUUAUAUUGCUGGAGGAGUCCACGAUGGUUGGUUCUUCUGGGACGAGCUCAAAAAAGAAACGCUUAACUAUGUGUACUUAUGGCUUCACGACUUGAAUCUUCUAUUACUAUCACAGCCGUGUAGUUACGCAUUACGAUUACCAAGGGAAGAUGGAGAUGAUCAUGGUUUUAGAGCUGCAUGAUGGAGCUCUAAGAGCUGCCAUUGCCAUAGAUUCUGGUAUUUUGUUGUAACCUGAUUUGAUCAUACAUAACGAAAACAAUAAGGGAAUCCUUCGGAUCGAAUUCAGGUUACCAAAUACCAGUACCAGAGCCAUUCAAUAGAAUUUCCACCAUGAAGAUAACUCUCCCUUAUAGAUACUCUUUUGACAACAACAUGUUCGUCUAAUCCCUUCCGGCGUUCCGCUGACGGCCCUUUUCCUGGUAACAGAAGCCAAUACGAAUCGGGAACAGUGUUUGUAUAUCAACUAAGGGGGCUAACAGCAAUCCAUCUUAAGGAGCAUCCUUGGCCCCUUUUCUAAAGGGAAAACGCUCCAAAGAUGCCUCUCAAGAUGAAUAUCUGUAAGGUCUAAAUCAGUGCUGCAUCCGGGACAGCCUGGACAAGAUUUGGAGAGCCAGUUGACAACUGGAGUUUCGCUCGAUGCUUCCAGUCAAGAGGCCGCCGAGUCGCCUCGACACCUAAGUUUGUAGCCUUAUGCUGGAUGAAAUAGAAAUUUUGGAGGAGGUGAGAUUAGUUUAGAGAGGUGGCUACAACUUUUUUGUUUAAUAUACUUCGUAGACUACGAAGUAUAUUGAACAUCGAGGAUCGGCCCUCUUGCUCUUCUCUCAUGAAGGUACAAGAUGGCUGAAAGACCUCAAUAUCAACAUUAGUAUUAGACAGGACGAUGGAACGCGAGGCAUCAUGACAUCUUCACAAGGUACUAGUGGGUAAUUUUUGUUCCAUAUACAAAGCGGAGGGUUCGCUCCUCAUCCUCCAUACUCCUCCAUCUCCCUGGUUCUCUAACCACAAAAGCAUCAGACGCUGAGGGAGACGCUAGUGCAGAUGUAACAAAAACCUUCAAGAUCUACGAGUCCAAUGAUGUUUCAGGAAAAGCUAUCGUGUCUGGCAACUACGGAAAGCGAGUUGAGCCGGUGGUGGACGUAAACAAACUUAUGGACAGUGAUGGUGGACGUAGACGAGGCUUAUACUAACAAGUAAUGUCCUUACAACUGCUGCUACUUGAUGGUAUACGCAGCAGAAUCUAAAGCCCGCCCUUUAGUACUCUGUCUUAUUGAAAGUCUCUAAAUAAAAACUAUUCUCAAAAAAAGAGCUAUAAUCAUUUUCAUUUCAUGUUCUGAUGAAUCAAAAAUAAUAAGUCCCAACUUCACUCCUAGUCUUCCUUGUCCCCGAUUUCAUAUCCUCUCCGGAAUCAAUGAGUGCCGAAAUUCCGCCAUUGUUUUGCGAUAAGUGGGUCCACAAAGUUGCGAUCCACGGUAAGUGUUUUUGCAGCAACGUCACCUGGGCUCUGAGCGAAGUGGAGUGUCCGGGAUGGUUCUCAGAACCAUGAUGAAGAUAGAGUUCCCUGGAUGGUUCUCAGAGCCAUAAUGAAGAUUGGCAGAGCCAGAGUGGGGCUCAGCUGGUUUAUUAGGGGGCUUGAGGUUUUCUGCAUUAGCAAAAGCUAUCAACAUAUUGAUAUAAUUUAUCGUGUGGGCAUUAUGAUCAUGUCGAAAAUUCUCAGUUGUGUCUAGUUGUUCUAUUGAUGGUGCAAUAGUUGAGUUUUUUUCCAAGAAUGAUAUGAGUAUGACCCUCAACAAAGAGAAAGAGUCGGACGCUGAUGCAUAGUAAAAAGUCACGCUCCUGGUCCUGCUCCUCAUUGAAUUCUUGACGACCGGAAAAAGAAGUCAUGAAAUUAAUAGAUACUUACGAGGAGUUCGUGCGUCUGGUCGUCAUUUUGAUUUUCGUCAAGUACACAGGUGUGCAACCUCUUUUUAAUGAUCUAAUUUUGCGACAGUCAAUCAUGAAGCAAGGAUGAAAACUUAAGUAAACUGUUGGCAUACUAAAAAAGAAGAAGAUUAGUUCUACCAGGUAGUUCUACUUGUACGAGAAAUAUGUACAGCUAUGGUUCGAAAUUAAAUUUAUCCCAUCAUUAUUCCUUCUGUAUUAUUAUCAAGAAUAUUUCAUCUGUAAGUCGUACUAGGGUAUUGCUAUCGAUAUUUAUUUUGACUCUGUACAGAAAGAAGAUUUUGACUGGCUCCUGCUCGGGUCGAAAUAGAGGAGAAACUUCUAGCUCCCCCAUGAUUUGCAGUAAUACCAUAUAGACACUGGUGACGAGUAGAUCAACAAGUCGUGGGUGGGGGACAUCUUCAUCAACGAAAAAAAUAUGAAAAAUAGAUACUAACUCGUCCAGCUUCUACUGGAAGCCGAAGCUCAAAUACACGUUGCUGUGACAGUGACACUAGGCAAAAAAAAUAAAAGACCUUAGAAAUACAAAUGCC